AUGGCAACCGAUUUUCAUUUCUUUCCCUUUCUCCCGUGGGAGCUUAGGGACAAAACCUGGAAAUUGGCAAUCCGGCCGGCUCUCCCAGGAGCGCACGUUUUUAGCAUCCGCGAUACCAACGAUCCAGAACACGCCGACCCGGAACACCAAACCCCUCGCGAUGAUUACCCGCACAUCUCAGUAUCGAGUCUUGCCGCGCCGCGGUGCUUGCCGAGGGGAGUCGACUUCAGCCCGGCUGCGCAGGCAGCAGUCCCGAUCUCGUGGGCGCUCAACAACCCAUCAACCUACCUUAUCAACAGCGGUCUUUGGGCGGCCUGCAAAGAAUCACGACUAGCCAUCGAGAAAGGGCUUCAAAUUCCAGGAGAGCGACGAAGAACAUGGGGUUCUUCAGAGAUAGAAAACUUCCGGAAGGAACAAGGCCGCUUCACUUUGCCGGAAACGGCCAUGUAUACAACCUCCGAUAACUCUAGACGCUGCUAUCUCACUGUCUUCCCUGAACAAGAUCUUUUUAUCCUACAGUCACACGAUAUCACAUUUCUUAACUGGAACCGUAUAUGGAAUAGGUCAGGCUUCCCAUCUCACAUGGCCCUGGAAUACGACCCCGCGUGGGAUAUGGAGGUCCCUGGUUUUGAAGAUAUAGUUUAUCGCACCGCUGAAGCGGGUGCACUCUCUCUUUGGUUUAUCGAUUACCGGAUUAAGCGCAAUCCGAGAUACACAGGGCUCCAAAACACCUACCCCAAAAUCUUCUAUGCGAGUGGCCGCCGGUUUGUAGAAGUAGAGGUGAACCAGCUUGGAGGCUGGGCUGGGGAUGACCGGAUGUGGGAUGCUGGCUACGAAGUUCCAACAGAGGAUAUUUACUCUUGCUCUGACUCGUAUGGAUUUGUCAAGCAGCUCAACACUACUUUGGAGUAUCAACGGGAGGACAUAGAGUACUAUUACCUCAAUUGGGUCGACUAUGGGCUUCUUGCUUGCGACACGCCGUCGAGGACCCGCCUCCAAUUUGGCGUCUCGUUGAUGCCCCUCGAAGCUACCGAAAUCCAUCUCGAAGACAACGUAACUCUCGACUGGUACUGCAACGCACUGGCCCAGAUUCAGAUCCUUGACGAGCGUUUUGCAACCGCGAAGGACUAUCUUGGCAAGGACACUUGGGGGUAUCCGCACGAGAAGGUUUGCCGUAGCUACCUAAAGUAG